AUAAGUCUGACAUGAAGCUUUGGGAGCAACACAAGCACCGAACAGCUCUGCAGUGCCAUCCUUACGCACCCCUCGUUAGAAUCCCACUCAAAUUCAGAGUUGCCUACGGCAGUAUCUGCAGGCGGUCGUGUGUGUGAGCCUCGUUGCUGCAAGAUGGCUUCUUCGUCCUCCUCGGCAUUCACAGCGAGCGGUUGCCCAGCUGCGCGCGAAGCCAUCCUGGUAUCGACCACCUCGACGCCGGCGCAGCCCUCAUCGCUGCUUUUGCUCGAUGUGCAGCUUCCGAAUAUGACGAAUCCGCUGAUCUCUUUCAGACUGCAGCAACCCCACUCCAUCGGGCAAGAGAAGCUCGACUUUGUCCCGACGGCAGCUGGAGCUGCAGCGCUGCACAAUGCGACCGGCAGCGGCGGUGGCAACUCCGCAGGGGAUGCAGGAGGGUACGUCGUGACGCAAGCAGAAAACUCGUCCGUCUUGACGACUCACAACUUCCAGUCGCCACAACUGCUCGCGAGGAUCAUCCUGCCACAGCGGAUGACAUGCCUCCAGCUCAACGCUCGCUUUCACCUGCUUGCCGCUGGUCUGUCCGAUGGGCGAAUCUCCGUAUGGGACAUCAAGACGGGAGAGCUGAUCGCAAACGGAUUCGAUGCGCACUACCGUCCGGUCAGUGUUCUGCGAUGGACGAGUGACGGGUCGGCUCUGCUCAGCGGCGGUGAGGAUGGCCGAAUCUGCGUUUGGACACUUGCAGCGAUUCUCGAUCCUCUGCAAUCCCACUCUUCCUCAUCCUCGUCUGUCGGCACGGGAGCAUAUUCUGCGCGCUCCAACACCCAGCCGAUUCCUUACGCCCUUUUCACGGACCAUACACUCUCCAUCACCUCCUUGUGUCUCAGCACCGGCACUUUCCCCUCCGAAGCGACGCUCUGGUCAGCUAGCCUGGACGGAAGCGUCAAGCACUGGUCGCUGCGCACACGCACACUACUCAGUACGUUCAUCCUGCCGCGUCCAGUCGCGCAGCUACAGCUCGACGCGAGCAAUCGAUUCUUCCUCGCAAGCACCGUGCCGCCUCACGCAACAUCGACGCAAGCUGGCGACGGCGCCGACCACAGCAAGGCGAGUACCAUAGGAAGCAAUACCCUCUUCAAGGUAGAUCUAUUCCGCCGCGCCAAAGUCAGCUCCGCUGCUGCAACCGGGAAAGCAGGCUGGGGGUCCACAAAGGGCAAGACUUCAAACAGAACCGGAGUAGCCAAUACUUCGACCGCGCUAGCAUUCGAGGCGCGGGGGGGACACGCACCCUCGGAGGUCGAGCGGAUCAGCGCGGAGAACGGCAUGGACAAAAGAACCGAUGAGGCUGGCUCGAUAUCCCGUCUUCCAUUCUCGGAAGCGAUCACGUCGCUCUGCUUAUCGCUCUCUUCGACUGUCGCGCUUGUCGGCACUGCUUCCGCGCGUAUCCACUUCGUCGACUUGUCCAGCUUCCAGAUCUUACGCAGCAUCAGCUUGCUCGCCACACUGUCUUCAUCGAGCAAUACAUCAGUAGCUGCAGCAGGGCAAUCGAGCAGUCGCGCCGCGUCUCCGGUCAUCUCCAACAUCCGCAGCAUGCUCACUCCGCCGGAUCUGCUCAGCAGCCUCACCGGUUCCUCUUCCUUUGCAUCCACAAACGGCUCGGGCGCACCGAGCAGCAUCAUCUCGCCAUUGCAGCAGUCUGUUGAGGCGUCGCUGCGGGCUGCCAACAGGACUCGACGGUACAUUCCUGCGCCGAUCCUCGCUUCACAGUUCGACCGUAUCACUCGCCGGGCCGCUGCGGAGCAGCAGCGCCCACAGCAGCAGUCACAGGCGAAGCAGUUCUCGAGCGCCGAUACAGGUGCUUGUCAAGGUGGAGCACUGGCGCCUGCUGCUAGUGGCGGCACUCGGCCGGCUACUACUGCAGCUAGUGGUCCCAACCCAACUCGAGUGGCGCACGUGUACGCUGGUCGGCCCGUUCGCCUCGUCGCCAACGUUUCGGAGGCACAAGGCGAACAAGACUUGCUGACGCGUUUCAUCUCGCCUAGUUUCUUUGAAGGGCUGUUGAAGCCCCUCGGCCCCGCGGACGCUUACGCCUCACCCUCGCCAUCCCCAGCCCUCUCUACCGGUCAAACAUUGGCUUUUGCGCACAACGGGCCCGCUGUGGAGGACAUGAUCAGCCUCGAUCAACCUGACGCGACGCUGCAAAGCAAGAAGCGCAAAGGCGGGGCGGACGAAACCAAUGAAGAACGCCCCACCCGCUCUGAUGCCCACAAACCAGGCAUCGACCCUUCGCACGGCCGAUGUCAUGCGGGUGAUCACGUUCUACGCGCUGAAAAUGCGGAGUUAAAGAGCCUGGUGGCCCAGGCGAAGGCUCUCAACGAUGAAAUGUGGAAGAAACUCCAGGAACUCGAGCAGGUGAACGGAGCGAGAGAUCAAGCGGGAGAUGUGCAAAUGAGCAAUGUGCAACGAUGACCGUGGCGACGAUCGUCGUUUGCUACCAAGUGUAUGCUACAUGUAUCAAAUCCAUCGUGCUGCAUCUCACUGGAAUGCGAUCAAAGGCC